ACGUAUUCAUCGUCACACCUGCAUACCGAAGAGAUUCUGGCGGCGAAACGGCGCGGACGCAAUAUCGAGCGACCUGGUGACCUCUCCGGCCGGUGGAAUUGAUUAUUUUCAGGAGAGUGAGUUGCCCUGUAUAAAAUAUAUACAUAACGUCGACCAGCUAAAGGUAUGACGCUGGUCAGGUAGUCCGUCAUGGAGAGUCGCUCGGGCAGCAUAAAGGACCCUAUGUACUAUCCGGAGAAUGACGGUACGUCAAGCGGCGGCGGAGGCGGCGGCGGAGGCGGCGGCGAAUCUGCCGAUAAGAGUCAACGUAGCUCGCUCGGCAGCCAAGACAUAAGUCUGGAUGAUAGCAAUGCGCUCAAGGUACCACGAAAAUUCAUCACCAACUGGCGACAGGCGUGUGAUCGAACCCGCGACCGGACCAAAGACUUGCUGAAGAGAUGGCGAACUACCAGCAGCAACAUCGACGAGCUCUCUAUCGCGCCCGCCGCUAUCCCCGAUCUGGAACAACCCAGCUGGAGCGUACACGUGUGGACGACCUGGGUAAGCCGCUUUCCGAGUGAUAAUAGUUUAUCCGCCAUUAAUGAGCUUGGUAAAAUCGGAGGUUCAGAAUCCUUAGCACCCAUACAGCGUGAUAAGUUCUCUCAUUUUUUUACGUAUCUCUUGGACCAUGAUAAAGACGGUUAUAUCAGCAGAAAAGAUUUCGCGCUACUCUCGGAGCGUUUGAGAAGAUUUGCGGAUUGGUCAUGGAACGGUCCGGAAUAUUUGAGACUGUUGGAGAUUGAAAACGGAUUUGCCGGAUUGAUCCUUCAAGAUAAAAACAGGAAAUUGGCGAACGCUGAGUCAGCUGAGCCGGAUAAAAAGAUCGAUCUGGACGAUUGGUUGUCCUGGUGGGCGAAAAUCAUCGCACCGCCGGACGGUGCAAGCUACAACGAUAUGCCGUUCUGGAUCAAAGUUAUGCCCAGGGUGUUUUUUCUCGCCAUAAACAGCUCCGGUAGCGGAAUGAUCAGCAAGAAGGAACUCGCGGCCUUUUAUGGAUCUGUAGUCGGUCUGGACACCGAUAGGAUAAAUAAGUGUCUGGAUAUCGCGUACAAUUCCUUGACUUCGAAUGGAGAUCAUCCCCUCGGCUGGGUGCAGUAUCAGCUAGUGUUCGCCAACUUUCUGUUCGGUCGCGGUCCGUUCGGUCCGGGAGAGCAUUUUCUGGGCAUGACGGAUUCCUGCUUGAUACGCGAUAAUACUGUACCAUUUCCCAUCGAUUAUUCCGCAAUGAACACACCGCGGGAUAAAUUAGAAGUGUAUAGUCCUCAUUGUAAAAGCAAUAGGCGAAGCGUCGUAGUUUAACAGUGAAAUCAUGUAAGAAAGUUCCUUCUAGUUGUUAAUGUAACGUGCACAAUUAUUCCUCAAGAGUGCCUAAUAUUCUAUUUUCCAUAUCAUAAUAUAUAUGUACAUACAUAUACCUAUAUAUAUAUAUAUAUAUAUAUAUAUAUAUAUAUAUAUAUGUCGUAUUUGAUAUAGAUUUAUUUUAGUCAAUUUGCAGAAAAAUCGCGAUAAGACGAUCAAAGACAAUUAAGAUAAUAUCUUGCACGAUUAUUCUAGCGCAAGUAUACAAAAAAAAUAUAUCAACUUUCUAUUAAAAAUAUAAUUCACAUUCCAGUACAUCGUUACACUGCCAUUUAUUUUAUGAGAGCAAUCUGAGUAUCCCAUGUCAAAUGCACGUGUACCUUUAAAUUAUAAAAAAAAAAACUUCAUUCCCCAUUUCCGUUUCCUCAAAAAAUAUAUAUUUGGUUAAAGUUAAUAUAUGUGUUCCUUCGUGUGAUGUUCAAUUUCGUGUAUAGAGGAGUAUUAAUUGUUGUAAAAAAAUAAGAAAAUGUACUUACAAAAUUUAUUUCAUGAAUUCGAAUUCAUUGACACAUGAUUAUUACAUGAGGCAUGAUUUUCGCAAGAUUGAUUCUGAAUUCAAGCGGGCGUUUCUAUAUGUAAUUAUUGUGUUGUUACAAAUAAUGAAACAUUAAGGAUGAUAUUUUUUUUUGACUAUAUGUAUGUACUUAUAUUAAAUAUUUAUAAACAAUUCUAUCCCCGU